GCUGGCUGCAAAAACAUGACUACCUGCAGUGUGGUCAGCACGCCAGCGCGCUUCGCCAGCUGCCUGGUCAACUUUCAGAUGGACGAGCUGCUGCUGCUGAAGAGGUCCGUGAUGCGAAUGGAGUCGCUGGACGAGGACAGUCUUCCCGAUGAGGAUGUAGUCUUCCCGAUGCCGGAGACGAAUGGAUCGGAAUCGCAGCUCCCGGAGCGAAUGGCCUUGAUGGCCGCCGAUCGCGGCGAGCACCACGACACCACCGGCGGCUCCACUGGUCCCUGGCACUCGCAUCCACCGCCACAUCCGCCGACCUCCUGGGCCGAGCAGAAGCCCUCCAAGCUGCAGACCCUCUUCCAAAUCAGCAUCACGGCCCUCGCCUUCCUCUCCUUCGGCGGCUACCUGCUCUGCCUCAUUGUGCAGGCCAUCAAGAGCAAGGGCACCACCUACUUCCAUCCGGUGGCCACGACCAGCACCAGUGCAUCCAAUGGGAAUGUGAAGCGGAUCAAGGUGUACAGACGCAGCAGGCGGAGUCCCGAUCUCCGCUUCAUCCUGCUGCAGCAGGACUACGCCUCCUACAUGAAGGCCGUGCGGGAGCAGGGCGGAUGGAGGAGCAUGCUCACCUAG